AUGGGUCUGUCCAAAGCCCUCCUACUCCGGGAGGGGGGUCUGUCGCCUUCCCCGGGGGGUCUCCGCGGCUCGGGGUCCCCUCCCCCACAGUCUCCCCCGGCGCCUCAGCGUUUCCCUUUAAAAAAAAACGGAGUCUCGGAACCGCCGCCGCCGCCAACCGGAGGGCGCAUGCGCCGCGAGGGGCGGGCGGGAGCGGACCGGGAGGCGGGCGGCGGGCGGCGCUAUUGUGAAAGGGAUCGCUGCCGCCCCGAGGGGCGGGGGCGGGGGCGGGGGCCCGGGCCGGGGCCCCGGACGAGGAGAGGCCGGGGUGGAGGGGUCGGCACGGGCGAGCGCGCGGAGGAGCCGGGUGAAGGCCAGAAGCAGGGGCCUCGGGUUUCCAGAGGGAGGAAAAUCCAUGAUGUUGCUGCCGGGGGAGUUGUUGCCCAGCACUCCCUGGAAAGAAGAUUUGCCAGCUGCCAGCAGUUCUUGCCAAUGGCCAUCUCCCCGGCCUUCGCCUUCUUGAAACCACUUCUAGCAUCCCCUGGAGGCUCCUGAAGGAGCUCUCCGAAGGGAUUGAUACUUUUACUGGGGUAUAGGAGUGCUUUAGGGACUCUGCAUUGAGCACUUUAUUCCCCCACUCUCCUUGGUUGGUGUGUGUGAUUUCCAAGACGAGACCUCACAAAAUGCCUCGUGGAAAAACUUUGUAAAUUGUCUUAAGCUGAUUGGUCUUUCUCUUCUGUAGAGAUGUAUCUAUCUCUUUCAGUCCGUGUGGAGAUGGCGAUGACUAGCGUUCUUUGGCUUCAUGUGAAAAGCCUCUAAUUAAAACUGUUUCUGCCUUGUGGAAUUGAAUUAGAAGCACUGGAAAUUUUAAACAAAUGGGUGUGAAUGUGUUAAGAAGCAAGAACAGCCCAUUCCCUCUUCUUA